AUGAGUAUUGAAAGCUGUCCAGCUCGCUUGUCAAACAUGUUACGGCAACCUAUAAUUACAAAUGCCAACAUCACGUUUGAAAGAGCGGCAUUCCAAUGCCCUGACAGAGCAGGGUUUGAAAUUUUCCAUGGCCUCGAUUUGGAUUCUAUUACGGAAAGGCUUCAAUUGAUGCCGAAACAUUUCGACACUAGGACUGCAUCCCAAAGUCGACCUCCAAGGAUAAGGCUGGGCUUAUUUCGAGCGCAACAAGGCGUGCCGGGUAAAUUGGUGCCAACCGCGGAGCGCAAGGAUACAGGCAUGUUCAACAUAUUGUAUGCAUUUCAAAUGCCUAUCAUCCUUGGUAGCACCGAAUUGGUGCACCUAAGGCAGUUGCUUUAUGCGGAUGGUGGCUCCUCGGUCGAUUGCUUUUGCGACUCAAUCUUAACUCAACAUCCUAGCGCUAUUGCUUUCGUCGAACGCCAUUGCGGCACAGCUGUUGGUACUAUGCCGCGCUCCACCAGCUCCACUGACAUUUCAGCAGCUCCACGAGGAUCUGCCAUGAUAAACAACAUUUGCUCUCUAGCGUUUGACGUUCAUCACGCUCAUCAUCUACUCCGCCAUCUGUCCAUACUUACCCACACUGUCGGGCCGGGUAUCCAACAUGAGAGGACAAGGCGUAAUGUCGGACGCCUUGUCCUGGAGGACGAACUUUGGAUCACGCUGUUCCGCCCGCCUAGGAAGGAAAGCUUGGCACGAUCUCACUUUCUAACUGUGCAUCACUUGUUUUCCCGGCGUGCUCGUUCACAAUCUUCCCUUAAACUGGGCGCACGAAGUCUCGCCACAAUACACCUUGCCAACGGCGCUGCAAGCGUACAUUCCAAUAGGAGCAAGCGGCCGAAGAGCGAGAUUGAGCCAUGGAAUUCCCUGGCCGGUAGCAAGCAGUACUUCACACCUGGACCUCACCUCUUACCAUGUACCAUCUCCAGUGACGAGGAACUGCCAAACAUAUUCUUCAAACCGCUAUCCUUACAAUUUUACAUAAACUUCACAAACGACAAAAAAAAAAAAAAACAUCAGUUGUCUCGAUAUCAGAUGGUCUCAGUUCAAGUAGGAGAUAUAGGCCUGGAAGCGCUGCAGGGUAUGGAAGGCGAGGACUUUCAAGAUGUAUGGCGCCGUAACCAAGUCGUACCGGAAAGCGUCGAGCAGUGCGUUCAUGAGCUCAUCAAGACAAUUGCUCAACGCACUCCCAACUCGAUCGCCAUUCACGCGUGGGACGGCGAGAUGACGUAUGGCGAGCUGGACGCGAUGUCGACCAAGCUGGCCGGGCACCUUGUCUGGCUGGGUGUCAAACAAGAAGCCAUUGUGCCACUAUGCUUUGAGAAGUCCAUGUGGACCGUGGUCGCGAUGCUGGCGGUACUCAAGGCAGGCGGAGCUUUCGUGCCUCUGAACCCAGAGCAUCCAAGAAAUCGCCAUGAAGAGAUCUUCGACCAGACAGGAGCCACCGUUAUGCUAACGUCUGCACAAUACGCGACGCUUUGGGAGCAUGCGAACCACACUGUAGCUACCGUCAGCGGACCAUCCAUCGACAGGCUUGUCAGCAAAGUUGACGUGAACCUUCCGGUAGUGAAGACAAGUAACGCUGCGUAUGUGAUUUUUACGUCAGGAAGUACUGGUACACCCAAAGGUGUUGUGUUGGAACACGGAGCGAUCUCCACAAGCUGCGUGAACCAUGGCGAAGCCUUUGAACUCACACCGCACACGCGAGCUCUACAGUUCGCCUCGUACACUUUCGACGCUUGCAUCACUGAGAUCAUUACCACACUGGUGUUUGGAGGCUGUGUGUGCGUCCCCUCUGAGGGCGAUCGUGGCAACAAUCUCGUUAAAGCCAUAAACACCAUGGCAGUGAACUGGGCGUUGCUGACUCCGACUGUAGCACGAUUGCUGGAGCCCAAAGAAAUACCUACCCUGGACAUAUUGGUUCUUGGAGGAGAGGCCGUCACCUACAACGACUGUCAAAGAUGGGAUAGCUAUGUCAAAGUGAUAAAUACGUAUGGACCAACGGAGUGCUCCGUAUGGUGUACCUCAUAUCACGGUACACAGAGUUUCAAGUCAGGCACCAUUGGAAAAUCCAUCGCUUCCGUGAGCUGGGUAGUAGACCCAGAAGACCACAACAAACUGCCUCCUGUAGGAUCGAUCGGAGAGCUCCUGAUUGAGGGACCAAUUCUCGCCCGCGGCUACCUCAACGACGCUGGGAAGACAAAUGCAGCAUUCAUCGACGAUCCCGCCUGGCUGUUGGAGGGCGGCGAAGGCCAUCCCGGGAGACACGGCAGGAUGUACAAGACGGGAGACCUGGUUUACUACAGGCCUGACGGCAAUCUGGUCUAUGUGGGCCGCAAAGACGAGCAAGUCAAGGUGCGAGGCCAGCGAGUCGAGCUCGGCGAGAUUGAGCACCACCUGCGGGAGUGCAUUCCCGAGGUCAAGUUGAUGACAGUGGAGGUCAUCAUGCUCAAGGGCCAGAAUCAAAAUGCGAUGCUAGCUGCUUUCCUGCAGUGGGAUGUUGAGCUGGAGAAUGCAGUUCUGGCUGAUAUGGCAACUGAGACUAGUUCUCUGGCGCGAGUCAUCUUGCCAGUCGAAGCAGACAAGAAGUUGGCGGAGCGGCUGCCAGGCUACAUGGUCCCGGAAGUGUACUUCGCCGUUGCACAGCUGCCGAUGACAGUGUCCGGAAAGACGGACAGGAAACGACUACGGGAGAUCGGAGCGUCGUUCUCAGCCCAGCAGCUGGCGGAGAUGCGGACAUCAAGCCAGGGACCGAAACGACUACCAUCGACCGAGGCAGAGAAGGCGAUGCAGCAGCUGUGGGCGAGGGUGCUAGGCAUUGAGCCGGAGAGUAUUGGGCUGGACGACAGCUUCUUCCGCCUCGGCGGUGACUCGAUCGCAGCCAUGAAGCUGGUCAGUGAAGCCCGCAGGAUGGGAUUGCACCUGAGCGUGGCAGACAUAUUCCGCCAUCCUACACUCUCAGCCCUUGCUGGCUUAGACUACCACCACAGUGACAGCGCUGCAGAAGACAUCCCUCCCUUCUCUCUGCUGGGCGAAGUGGUGGACGGGGCCACCAUCCGCGAGGAAGCGGCCGUCAGCUGCAGUGUUGACGCUGGCCUCGUCGAGGACUUAUACCCAUGCUCGCCGCUGCAGGAAGGGCUAGUGUCGCUAACAUCCAAGCGAGCAGGCGACUACAUCAUGCAGGGCGUGCUGGAGCUGCGGUCUGACAUAGACGAAGAGGCUUUCCGAGCUGCCUGGGGGCACGUCGUCCGGUCAAUGACAGUGUUGCGUACCCGGAUCGUCCAGAAUAGCAAACUUGGCUUGCUGCAGGCCGUGAUAGCAGAGGACAUCCGUUGGACAGAGGCUAAGGAACUCGAGGAGUACCUUGAGAAGGAUAAGUCAGUGUCCAUGGGACUCGGCGAUCCUUUGACACGCUACACCAUCGUCAAGGAAGCGCAGGGAGGGAGGCGCUGGAUGGUGUGGACGGUUCACCACGCGCUGUACGACGGCUGGUCGCUGCCCCGAGUUAUAGACGCGGUAACCAAGGCGUACACUGAGGGUGUGGUAGAACAGCAGCCUGGUUUCCAUGCCUUUGCCAAGUAUCUCAGCCAGCAAGACCAUGAGGCGGCUGCAGCGUACUGGCACGCCGCUCUGACUGACUGCCAGGCGGCACCGUUCCCUCCGCUUCCAGCGGUGGUGCAGCAGCCGGUUGCGGAUGCGAUGAUGGACUAUCAGUGCCCUCCGUUGCCCAAAGCACCCUCUGAUACGACGACGUCAACGCUCAUUCAUGCCGCCUGGGCCGUCAUCGCUAGUCGAUACACCAACUCGGACGACGUGGUGUUUGGCACUACAGUCACGGGACGCAAUGCACCUGUCGCCGGCAUUGAAGCCAUGAUCGGACCCACAAUUGCCACUGUGCCGGUGCGAGUGCGAGUGGCAGGCAAGCAGACAGUAUCUGCUUUCCUGAAAGCCUUGCAGCAGCAGGCGACGGACAUGAUCCCGUACGAGCAGACGGGGCUGCAGCGGAUCGCCAAGGUGGGAGCGGGCGCGCGGCAUGCCUGCGGCUUCCAGACGCUGCUUGUAGUCCAGCCUGCAAGAGAUGCUGCUCGCAGCGAUCAGUUACUAGGAGAGUUGCUUGACCGCUCCGAGCUGCAGGAAUUCUCGACUUAUGGGCUGAUGUUGCAGUGUACAUUGGCCGCAGAAGGAAUUCGCAUCACAGCAAGCUUCGACGAGCGGGCGGUGGAGGAGUGGCUAGUCAAGAAGCUGCUGGACCAGUUCAGCUAUAUCAUGCAGCAGCUGGCCAGAGCAGAUCCAGAGACAAUUAUAGCGGACAUCAACGCCCUCACGCCAGGGGACAGAGAGGAGCUAUGGGCAUCGAACCGUGAGAUACCGGCGGCGGUCGACCGAUGUGUCCACGAUCUGUUCGAAGAGCAAGCAAGGGCGCGGUCCGAGGCGCCUGCCGUCUGCGCGUGGGAUGGUGAGCUGACAUAUAGCGAGCUGGAUGCGUUGUCGACUAGACUGGCAAGCCACCUCGUCGGGUUGGGUGUUAAGCCAGAAGACAUUGUGCCGCUGUGCUUCGAGAAGUCGAUGUGGACCGUGGUCGCGAUGCUGGCCGUGCUGAAGGCCGGUGGAGCGUUUGCAUCCCUAAACCCAGAGCAUCCAAGAACUCGCCACGAGGAGAUUUUAAAGCAGACAGGAGCUACUCUGAUCCUGACAUCAACACAAUGCUCCCUGCUUUGGAAAUUUACGGCCCGGUCUGUUUUCGCAGUCAGUGAAUCAACCAUCAAUAAGCUACCUUUACAAACCGGUGAGCUUCAUUCUACAGUAACAGCAAAUAAUGCUGCGUACGUCAUCUUCACGUCCGGCAGUACUGGAAUACCAAAAGGCGUCGUACUGGAACACCAAGCGCUCUCCACCAGUUGCCUGAACCACGGCAAAGCGUUGGGAUUCACACCGUAUACCCGAGCUCUUCAGUUCGCCUCGUACACCUUCGAUGCUUGCGUUGCCGAGAUCCUCACUACGCUUGUACAUGGUGGAGGAGUUUGCGUCCCAUCGGAAGACAGUAGGCGUAAUGACCUUACUAACACCAUCAACAGCAUGAACGUGAAUUGGCUUUUCUUGACUCCUUCCGUUGCGCGAGUGAUAGAUCCCACAGAAGUGCCUUCGCUUACGACACUCGCACUUGGUGGAGAAUGGGUUGACCACGUGGAUUGGAAAAAAUGGAUGAACCAUGCUGAGAUGAUGACUGUGUAUGGCCCUACUGAGUGUUGUAUUUUCAGCAGCGCUUGUUUUAGGCCACUAGAAUUCAAGUCUGGAACUAUUGGUAAGUCCAUCGCUUCCGUGAGCUGGGUAGUCGACCCAGAAGACCACAACAAAUUGCAUCCCGUAGGAUCGAUUGGAGAGCUCCUGAUUGAAGGACCCAUCCUUGCCCGUGGCUACCUCAACGAUAUCGAGAAGACAAAUGCAGCGUUCAUCAAUGAUCCCGCCUGGCUGUUGGAGGGCGGCGAAGGCCAUCCCGGGAGACACGGCAGGAUGUACAAGACGGGAGACCUGGUCUACUACGGGCCUGGCGGCAAUCUGGUCUAUGUGGGCCGCAAAGACGAGCAAGUCAAGGUGCGAGGCCAGCGAGUCGAGCUCGGCGAGAUUGAGCACCAUUUACGGGAGUGUAUUCCCGAGGUCAAGUUAAUGACAGUGGAGGUCAUCAUGCCCAAGGGACAGAAUCAAAAUGCGAUGCUAGCUGCCUUCCUGCAGUUGGACGUUAAGAUAGAGAGUGCACUUUUGACUGACAAGCCAACUGAGACUAGUUCGCUGGCGCGAGUCAUCUUUCCAGUCGAAGCAGACAAGAAGUUGGCGGAGCGUCUGCCGGGCUACAUGGUCCCGGACGUGUACUUCGCCGUUGCACAGCUGCCGAUGAUGGCAUCCGGAAAGACGGACAGGAAACGACUGCGGGAGAUCGGGGCGUCGUUCUCAGCCCAACAGCUGGCGGAGAUGCGGACAUCAAGCCAGGGACCGAAACGACUACCAUCGACCGAGAUAGAGAAGGCGAUGCAGCAGCUGUGGGCGCGGGUGCUGGGCAUUGAGCCGGAGAGUAUUGGGCUGGACGACAGCUUCUUCCGCCUUGGCGGUGACUCGAUCGAAGCCAUGAAGCUAGUCGGCGAAGCUCGCAGGAUGGAGGUGCAGCUAAGCGUUGCAGACAUCUUCCGCAAUCCGGGGCUGGACCAGCUGGCCUCUGCAGCCAUUGGUUUCGCCGACAGCACUGUUUCUACUAUCCCGCACAUUGAUCAUGUGGGGCCUGCGGAGCAAUCGUUUGCACAGGGCCGACUGUGGUUCUUGGAGCAACUGUAUCCUGGCUUGAACUGGUACCUUAUGCCGUUCGCUGUGCGCAUCAGGGGCCCGCUUCAGCUGACUGCGCUCAACACGGCUCUUCUCGCGAUUGAGAGUCGCCACGAGACGCUCCGGACAACCUUCGCUACCAAUGGCGGUGUCAGUGUGCAGAUGGUUCAACCAUUCCGCGCCAAAGAACUCAACGUCAUAGACAUUCUCCCAGACGAUGAACGGGGUCUUGCGGACGCCGUGCAGCAGGACCAGACAACUCCCUUCGACCUGCGCAAUGAGCCUGGAUGGAGAGUAUCUGUUUACCAAAUACAGAAAAAUGAUCACUUGCUGUCCAUCGUUAUGCAUCACAUCGUUUCCGACGGCUGGUCUGUCGAUGUGCUUAUGCGCGAACUGGCUGCGUUCUACUCCGCCGCGAUGCGCAGCCAGGACCCACUAUCCCAGGUACACCCUCUGCCCAUCCAGUACCGAGACUUCUCUGUGUGGCAGAGACAAAAACCCCAGGUCGAGGAGCACCAAAGACAGCUCAGCUACUGGCUCACGCAGCUCCAGGGAAGCCGACCGGCAGAGCUGCUCUGCGAUAAGCCCAGACCCGCGACUCUGUCUGGAAAAGCUGAUAUGCGAACGCUAGAGAUCAGCGGCCCGCUGUAUGCGGAGUUGCAGGAAUUCUGCAAAGCGCACGGGGUGACUCUAUUCGUGGCUCUUCUCGCUGCAUUUAGAGCUACGCACUUCCGCCUUACUGGCCAGGACGAUGCCACCAUUGGCACUGCAAAUGCAAAUCGGGACCGUUGGGAGGUAAAAGACAUUAUUGGAUUCUUUGUGAACAUGCAGUGCCUUCGGAUCACAAUUCAUGACGAGAGUUUUGAAGAACUAGUUCAACAGGUCCAUGCUGUAGCAGUUGCAUCGCUUUCGAAUCAGGACGUGCCGUUCGAGAGCAUUGUCUCGCAACUGAAGCCUGACCGAGACCUGUCUCGUCAUCCACUUGUUCAGCUUGUCUUUGCGGUGCACUCGCAGCGAAACCUGGGACAACUAAUACUAGAAGGGGUGGAAACAGAGAGUAUGCAUGUCUCAGUAACCUCAAGGUUUGACCUGGAGUUUCAUUUCUUCCAAGAGCCCUCCGGCCUACAGGGCAACGUCUUUUUCUCAACAGAUCUCUAUGCGCCUGAGACAAUUGACAACAUGCUGUCGCUCUUUCACAACAUCCUCCAAGUGUCCCUGAGAGAGCCAAAGACAGCAGUUGCCUCUUUACCCCUCCUAACUAAGGCCCAAUAUUCCAGGCUUGACAGGAUGGGGCUUGUUCAGAUUGAGCAAACAAACUACCCGCGCGACUUAAGCAUUGUCGACCUCUUCAUCCAGCAAGCUUCGGCACAUCCAUCCAGGAUCGCCGUCACAGACGCUUCAGCGGAGAUGAGCUACGCUGAGCUGGACAGGGAAUCAGAUCUUCUUGCUCGGUGGCUGGUACGGCGCUUGUUCCCGCCUGAGAGUCUAGUCGGCGUGCUCUCAAGUCGAAGCUGUCAAACCAUCGUUGCGUUCCUGGGCAUUCUGAAGGCCAACCUGGCGUACCUACCGUUCGAUGUUAAAAUACCAGGGAAGCGCAUGGAAGCUAUCCUUUCGUCCCUUCCAGGCCAGAGGGUCAUCUUGCUUGGAUCUGGCGUGCAAGCUCCGAAAGUGAAGCUGAGCAACAUCGAGUUCGUCCGCAUUACCGAAGUCCUGAACCAGCAGGCUAACGAUGAUUCUGUGGGGUAUAGAUCUGCCAUGGCGAUCGGGCCGUCAGCUACCAGCCUUGCAUAUGUUAUGUUCACCUCGGGAUCGACGGGCCAGCCCAAGGGAGUCAUGGUAGAGCAUCGCGGCAUUGUGCGCCUGGUUAGAGACAACAACCUCGUACAGCACCUACCAGCAUCGCGAGUCAUGGCUCACAUGACAAAUCUUGCCUUCGACGUCUCAACAUGGGAGAUUUAUGCCUGUCUCUUAAACGGCGGAACGCUCGUUUGCAUUGACGCAAUGAUAGUGCUGGACCCAGAUGCUAUAGCUGAGAUAUUUAAUCAACGCUCCAUUCAGAUGGCCGUGCUCACACCAGCCUUGUUUAGACAGUACACUCUAGAGUCUUCUUCGAUAUUCGCCACAAUUGAAAUGCUUUGUGUGGGGGGUGAAGCAAUGUACCCGAAGGACUACUUUGCAGCGGAAAGAAGCCUCACCGGCAUCAGCGCGACCUUCGUCCUACACAAAGAGGAGAAGUUCACCAACGGUGUGCCAAUCGGCCGGGCGUUGAGCAACUCAGGCGCCUACGUUAUGGAUCCGGAGAUGCGACUGGUGCCGCUAGGGGUCAUCGGAGAGCUCGUGGUCACGGGUGACGGUUUAGCACGGGGCUACAUUGAGCCCCAGGGAGACAUCGAUAGGUUUGUUACUGUCACAGUCGCUGGCCGGAUGGUGAGAGCCUAUCGAACAGGCGAUUACGUCCGCCAUCGCCCUACAGACGGUCUGCUGGAGUUUUUCGGCCGGAUGGACGGACAAAUCAAGAUCCGGGGAAACCGUGUUGAGCUAGGAGAGAUUGAGCACAUCCUCCGCAGCCACAGCUCUGUCAGCGAUGCAGUGACUGUGCUGCAACAGCACGAUAACGACGAGGUCCGGCUCACAGGCUUUGUCACCAUCCAUGAAGACGAUGCGCUGGCCGAUGAGGCUGGUGCUGCCCCCGAAUCGCAGCACGUCGAAGCAUGGGAGGAACAGUUCGAUGUUGAUAUCUACUCUCCAAUCCACAACGUUCGACCCGGGACCAUUGGACGCGACUUCAUCGGAUGGACGUCUAUGUACGACGGUACGGAUAUAGACAAGGCAGAGAUGAGCGAGUGGCUAGACGACACCAUCGCCACGCUGCUCAACGGUCAGGAGCCUGGGAACGUUCUAGAAAUCGGAUCAGGCACCGGCAUGGUCCUCUUCAAUGUGUGCAAGGGCCUGCAGAGCUAUGUCGGCCUUGAGCCAUCUCAAAAGGCAGUCGACUUCAUCACGGCAACUGUCAAGUCCAUGCCUGCACUGGCAGGAAAGGUGCACAUGUAUAAAGCCACAGCAGCAGACGUUGGCCAGCUGGAAUGGCCAAUUACCGCCAACCUUGUGGUCAUGAACUCAGUUGUGCAGUACUUUCCUAGCCAGGCCUAUCUUUUCAAGCUUAUCCAGGACAUAAUUGCGCUUGAAGGCGUGCGUACCCUCUUCUUUGGCGACAUCCGGUCGUACACGCUGUACCGCGAGUUCCUAGCCACCCGAGCGCUACGCAUAGCCGGCGACAAGGCCACAAAGGCUGAAAUUCUACGCAUGAUGGCCGACAUGGAGCGAGGUGAGCGGGAGCUGCUUGUCGACCCAGCUUUUUUUACCGCCCUGCCAAGUCGCCUGCCAGGGCUAAUCGAACACGUCGAGAUCCUGCCCAAGAAGAUGAAAGCGACCAAUGAGCUGAGCUGCUAUCGAUACGCAGUAGUGGUCCACAUCAGGGCCCGAGGCCACCCAGAGCAUGACAUUCACUACAUUGAGCAAGAGAGAUGGAUUGACUUUGCGGAGCGCAAACUAGAUCGCCAGUCUCUCCUAGAGCAGCUGCACAGCUCCUCUACCUCACCUCUAGUCGCGGUGAGCAAUAUCCCUUACAGCAAGACCAUUGUAAGCCGCUGCCUUGUCGCCUUGCUGGACACUGCGGCAUCAGAGACAACGGCUCAGCAGGACUGGCUCUCCUCUGUGUACAAGGAAGCACAUCAUGUCCCCGCCCUUUCUGCCAUUGACUUGGUUGACCUUGCUGAAGAAACUGGCUACCAGGUUGAGAUCAGCUGGAGCAGGCAGCACUCACAGAAGGGUGGUCUGGACGCUGUCUUCCACCGGUAUCAGCCCCAAGAUGGAGGGAAGCGGGUGAUGUUCCAGUUCCCUGGCGAUGACGCGGAUCGACUACUGCAGAGUCUCAGUAGCAGGCCGUUACGGCAGCAAUACCUACAGAAAACCCAACAGCAGUUGCAUAAGAUGCUUGAGGCCCAGCUGCCUACUUACAUGGUCCCUCAAAGCAUUACUGUCCUAAACGCAAUGCCAAUCAACCAGAACGGCAAGGUCGACCGCAAGAUGCUCGCGCAACGACAACAAAAAGAAACAUCCACUCAAGGGAUCAAGGGGCAGCAGGAACUGUCAACGGCACAAAGCACGAUGCAACAACUGUGGGCCCGCGCGCUGGGCAUCGAGGCGCAGAGAAUUGACCUGGACGACAGCUUCUUCCGCCUCGGCGGCGACUCGAUCGCGGCCAUGAAGCUGGUCGGUGAAGCUCGAAGGAUGGGAAUGCACCUGAGCGUGGCAGACAUCUUCCGCAAUCCUACACUCGCGGGCUUAGCUGGAUUAGACUAUAGCUAUAGUGGCAGCGCUUCCGAAGAGAUUCUUCCCUUUUCUCUGCUGGGCAAAGAGGUGGCCGUGGCCGCCGCCCGCGCGGAAGCGGCCGUUAGCUGCAGCGUUGAUGCCGGCCUCGUCAAGGACUUGUACCCAUGCUCGCCGCUGCAGGAAGGGCUGGUGUCGCUGACGUCUAAGCGAGCAGGCGACUACAUCAUGCAGGGUGUGCUGGAGCUGCUCGCUGAGAUAGACGAAGAGGCUUUCCGAGCUGCUUGGGAGCACGUCUUCCGCUCAAUGGAAGUGUUGCGCACGCGGAUCGUGCAGAACAGCCAUCUUGGCUUGCUGCAGGCCGUGAUAGCAGAGGAUAUCUCAUGGCUUGAGGCAGAAGGACUAGAGGAGUACCUUAAGAAGGACAAGUCAGUGUCCAUGGGGCUCGGUGAUCCCUUGACACGCUACGCCAUUGUCACAGAAGAAAAAGGAGAGAAGCGCUGGAUGGUAUGGACAGUUCAUCACGCGUUGUACGACGGCUGGUCACUGCCUCAAAUCAUAGAUGUGGUAACCAAGGCAUACACCGACGGCAUGGUAGAACAGCGGCCUGGUUUUCACACCUUCAUCAAGUAUCUCAACCAGCAAGACCAGGAGGUCGCGACCCGCUACUGGAAGAACGCUCUCCAUGACUGCCAAGCGACACCAUUCCCGCCCCUACCGUCAGCAGUGCAGCAGCCUUUUGCGAAUGCUAUGAUAGACUGUCAAUGCCCUCCGCUUCCCAAAGCACCCUCUAACACGACGACAGCAACGCUUGUCCGCGCCGCCUGGUCAAUCAUCAUCAGUCGAUACACGAACUCAGACGAUGUGGUGUUCGGCACUACAGUCACUGGACGCAAUGCCCCUGUUGCUGGCAUUGAAGCCAUGGUUGGGCCUACUAUCGCAACGGUGCCGGUGCGAGUGCGAGUGGCAGGCGAUCAGACUGUAUCUGCCUUCCUCCAGCGAUUGCAGCAGCAGGCGACGGACAUGAUCCCGUACGAGCAGACGGGACUGCAACGGAUUGCCAAGAUGUCAGCAGGUGCGCGGCAUGCCUGCGACUUCCAGACUCUGCUGGUUGUGCAGCCUGCAAGCGACGCUCCUGGAAGCAAUCGGGUACUAGGAGAGUGGCGUGGCCGCUCCGAGCUGCAGGACUUCUCGACUUAUGGGCUAAUGCUGCAGUGCACACUGUCCGCAGACGGAAUACACAUUACAGCAAGCUUUGAUAGGCGGGUGGUAGAGGAGUGGCUGGUCAAGAAGGUAUUGAGCCAGUUCAGCUUCAUCAUGCAACAGUUGGCCAGAGCACAACCAGAAGAGAAGGUGGCUGACAUGGACCCACUCACGCUUGAGGAGAGAACAGAACUGUGGGCAUCAAACCGCAAAACUCCAGCAGCGGUCGAACGGUGCGCUCACGACCUGUUCGCAGAGCAGGUCCGGGAACAGCCCGAUGCGCCUGCCAUCUGCUCGUGGGACGGCGAGAUGACAUACGGCGAGCUGGAUGCGCUGUCCACUAGACUGGCAAGACACCUCGUACGCUUGGGUGUCAAGCUAGAAGAUAUUGUGCCAUUGUGCUUCGAGAAGUCCAUGUGGACCGUAGUCGCGAUGCUGGCGGUGCUCAAGGCCGGUGGAGUAUUUGUACCGCUGGAUCCAAACCAUCCCGUAAGCCGCCACAGAGAGAUUUUUAAGCAGACAAGGGCCACAGUGGUACUUGCAUCAAAACAGUGCUCGAUGGUUUGGAAAUCCACAGGCCCUGCUGUCUUCUCAGUCAGCGAAUCAGCCAUAAACAAGCUGCCUUUGCACGGCGACUUGAUUCAUUCUACAGUAACAGCAAACAAUGCUGCCUAUGUCAUCUUUACAUCUGGUAGUACCGGAAUACCCAAGGGCGUUGUCCUGGAGCACAGAGCGCUCUCGACGAGCUGCUUAAACCACGGUAAAGUGUUGGGAUUCACUCCAUAUACUCGAGCUCUUCAAUUCGCCUCAUACACCUUCGAUGCUUGCAUCACUGAGAUUAUUACUACAUUGGUCUUUGGCGGCUGUGUGUGCGUCCCUUCUGAGAACGAUCGUCGCAACAAUCUAGCUAAGGCUAUCAAUACUAUGGAUGUGAACUGGGCGUUGCUUACUCCAUCUGUGGCACAAUUGCUAGAACCACAAUCAAUUCUGACUCUCAAGACGUUGCUCCUCGGAGGUGAAACUGUCAGCUACAGAGAUCUCCUGAGAUGGUCAGAUGUGAAUCUUGUGAGUGCGUAUGGCCCUGCUGAGUGCUGCAUCAUGUGCACUGCGCAUAUGGUCAGCCAAGACUACGUAUCGGGCACUAUUGGAAAAUCCAUCGCCUCCGUAAGUUGGGUGGUAGACCGAGAAGACCACAACAGACUAGCUCCCAUAGGGUCGAUUGGAGAGCUCCUGAUUGAAGGGCCGAUCCUUGCGCGAUGCUAUCUCGAUGAUGCGGAGAAGACGACGGCGGCCUUCGUCAACGAUCCCACCUGGCUGCUGGAGGGCGGGGUAGGCCAUCCCGGGCGACAAGGAAGAAUGUACAAGACGGGAGACCUGGUCUACUACGGGCCUGGCGGCAAUCUGGUCUAUAUGGGCCGCAAAGACGAUCAAGUCAAGGUGCGAGGCCAGCGGGUCGAGCUCGGCGAGAUUGAGCACCAUUUGCGGGAGUGCAUGCCCGAGGUCAAGUUAAUGACAGUGGAGGUCAUCACGCCCAAGGGACAGAAUCAAAAUGCGAUGCUAGCUGCCUUCCUGCAGUUAGACGUUGAGAUAGAGAGUGCACUUUUGACUGACAAGCCAACUGAGACUAGUUCGCUGGCGCGAGUCAUCUUUCCAGUCGAAGCAGACAAGAAGUUGGCGGAGCGUCUGCCGGGCUACAUGGUCCCGGACGUGUACUUCGCCGUUGCACAGCUGCCGAUGAUGGCAUCCGGAAAGACGGACAGGAAACGACUGCGGGAGAUCGGGGCGUC